GCGACUUCCCCAAAACGCCCUGUUUUCCUCCAAUUUGUAAAGCCCUUGUGGCACACGGCACUGUGCUCGGCAAGACCUGGCAGCUCCCUGUGCUUACAUCCCAUCAGCAUGAAAGUGUCCCUUGGCCUUAGCUUCUUCCUGGCUUUCCUGGACCCAGGGACCUCCCUUCAGUGUGAGGUUUGCCACAGCAUAGGAAAAAGCUGCUCUGGCCCCAUGAAAACUUGUAGUGGCGCUGAAGAUACUUGCGGCAUUAUUCUGCAUGAAGUCAUGAUAGGGGGGAUGGCAAUCCCUUCAUCUGUCAAGUCCUGCCUGCCAUCCAGCAUCUGCCAGCUUGGCCCUAUCACCAUGAACUACGGGAAGGUAAAAGCAAGGAGUCACUUGGCUUGCUGCACAGGAAAUAACUGUCAAACCACCUCUGUCACAUUGCCACCAGAGGACAACGUGCCCAAUGGAUACCAGUGUCCUGCCUGCUACAGUGUGGACUCCUUUCAGUGCAGUAACGAAAUCGUAAACUGCACUGGAUCUGAAACCCAGUGUGUUGACAUUUCUGGGUUAAUGAAUUCUGGUGGGUUGUCUCUGAAAGCUGCCAUGAAGGGCUGCACCACCAUUUCUGAAUGCAGUAUAGUAGGAGAUGGACAAAACAGCCUGGGGAUGAUGGACAUAAAGUUAAGGUCAUUCCAGUGCAAACCAGCUUCAUAUGGUUUGGCCAUAGUGAGUUCUGGCUUUGCCCCUCCGGACACCCUCUUCCUCCCUGUCCUGUCAGGAUUCAUCUUGGAGAAGGUACUUUUCUGAUUCUCACUAAGUGCUGGGUUAAGCAAAGCCGAUGACAAACUCCAGCACUUUUGGUUUGCGCCAAAUCCUUUUUGCUGUGGCUUCUCUGCCAUGGGGAGUUCAUCUUCAAAUCACCUCUUCUUCUUUUAUAAUUUCACAGAAUAAAGACAGUACCUACA